AUACGUGUACGGUAAAUAUACGAUGUAAAUAGGAUCAGAGCAAUUGUUCGUUUCGUUCAUUUAAAUUAAAGAAAAAAAAAAAGAAAAGAAAAAAAAAACAAAGGCGAUCUGUUUUUAUCGAGGUUCAGAAGUAAACGUAAACUGUACAAAUAUAUCAGAAUUAAAAAAGAUGUUAUCAACGAAAUAUUUUCCUUACAAAUUGUUUUGGAACCGGACAGUUUCUAACGCAAUUUUUUUCCAUGAAGAUUAAAGAAAAAGAAGCUACUAAUAUUUGGGAAACGAUAUCUAAUGGAAGCACGUACUUCGGAAGAUACAAAAAGCAUUCAUCGUAUCGUCUGUACCUGUUCCAAGUGAUUUUUCUUUUCUCUCUCUCUCUCUCUCUCUUUUUUUUUUUUUUUUUUGCGUAUCGACGACGUUGGUUCACUUUUGAAAAGGCUGCAGUGUCCACACAUGGCCAAGAAUGCGCCGAGAUAGGUGUCGGCAUGUUAAAUAAAGGUGGAUCGGCGGUCGAUGCGGCUAUUGCCGCGCUCUUAUGCGAGGGCGUUGCAUCUUUACAUAGUAUGGGAUUGGGCGGUGGAUUUUUAAUGACCAUUUGGGAUGCGCAUAACAAAACUGCCGAUUACUUGGACGCAAGGGAGGUCGCUCCAUCCGAGGCAAAUGAGAACAUGUUUCACGGAGAUCCUCAAUUAGCGAUGUUUGGCGGCUUGGCCGUUGCAGUACCGGGCGAACUUCUUGGGUAUUGGGAGGCCCAUAAGAAAUACGGGAAAUUGGAAUGGAUCGAACUAUUCGAGCCAAUUAUUUCUCUUUGCAUCAAAGGAUCUAUCGUGACUAAAUAUUUGGAAUCAUAUUUGAGCAGUAAAGAAUCUUUAAUAAGGGCGGAAAAAUCGUUGGCCGAAAUACUUAUAAAUCCUACUACCAAUUCGUUAUGGAAGGUAGGCGAUAGAAUAAAAAGACCACGUUUGGCAGAAACGUUAAAAUUGAUCGCGAUUAACGGGCCCGAUAUAUUUUACAAUGGCAAUAUGACUGAUAAUUUAGUGAAAGAGAUCCGUGCUUUCAAAGGUAUCAUAAAGAGGGAGGAUUUCGUAAAUUAUAAAGUGAAAUGGAGGAAACCGAUUAAAUCAACGAUCGGGAAUUUAACCGUGUAUACAGCACCGCCACCUGGUUCAGGAGCGCUGCUAACUUUUAUUAUGAAUGUUCUCUACGGUAUUAUUCCAAAUCAGGACAACAGAAUUACAUGGCAGAAUAUAAUCGAGACGUUUAAAUGGGCUUAUGCUAAAAGAACGAAAUUAGCUGAUCCUGAUUUCGCUAACAUUACCCAAGUACUUAAUAAUUUGACGUCUGUCGAUUAUGCAAAUAUGAUUCAGAAGAAAAUUAAAAUAAACGAGACAAGUAACGAUCCGACUUAUUAUGGUGCUAUUACCGUCCCACCAGACGAUUCAGGAACGUCUCACGUCUCCGUUUUGGCUCCCGAUGGAUCUGCCGUAUCUGUCACAUCAACGAUAAAUCAAGUUUUUGGGGCAAUGAUACGUUCAGAAUCGACUGGCAUAAUAUUUAACGAUGAAAUGGAUGAUUUUAGCUCCCCAAAUAUAACUAACGCAUUCGGUGUACCACCAUCGCCUGCAAAUUUCAUUAAGCCUGGAAAGAGACCUUUGAGUUCUAUGAGCCCGACAAUUGUUGUAGAUAAAGAUGAACAUGUCCGUUUAGUAAUUGGUGCUGCAGGUGGAACUAAAAUCACCACCUCAAUUGCAACAGCAAUGAUAUUAAAUCUUUGGUCAGGAUAUGAUAUAAAACAGGCUAUUGAUCUACCUAGAAUUCAUCAUCAACUAUUACCAAUGACUGUUCAAUAUGAACAAGGAUUUUCUACAGAUAUAUUAAAUUACUUAUCGAAUAUUGGACAUAAUGUUACAACUUAUACGGGAAUUGGUAGUGCAAUUACAGCUAUAUCUAAACAAAAUGGAGAAAUAUUUGCUACUUCGGAUUUUCGAAGAGAAGGAAAAACUGCUGGUUUUUAAGCAAUUAUUUAAAUUUUUUUAUCCAUGAACAAAAUAGCAAAUAAAAUGACUCAGUGACAUAGAUAAGAAAUAAUGUUGCGAUAUACACAAGUAGAUAGGACAUUGUUGCGAUAAAAAAUUAAUUUACCUUUCUAAUAAAGCAAUGCACAUAAUCGUACGAUCUCGCUAUGAAAACUGUAACUGUCUCAAAUGAUCGUUUCGAGUCUUAUAAAUGCCGCAUCCUAGUGUAUAUCUAUAUUCUAUAAUAAAUAAUAAUUCUUUAAUCGAA